AUGGACGACGAUUCAUCCUACGUCGAGAUGAUCGACCGCUACCCGGGACCAGAUCCCGCUGCUCUCUACCUGUCGGAUUCUAUGAUGGCUUCACUGCCACCUUCCCGUCCAACCGCAUCUACCCAGGCACCUUCUAUGCCAUACGUAUUGCAUUCUGCAUGCUUGAACCAAUCUUUUGCAGCUUCUUUUUCUUCCCCACAAAAUAACAUUAUGCUUUUUGACAAGAAUACACUGGCAGCGAUUCGUACUCUGAGUGGUCAUACAGAUGGAAUAACUUCAAUGAAAAGCGUUGAUGUCUUGGCCGGCACGACCCGACGAGGAUUGAUCAGCUCUGGCAAGGACGGCAGAAUCAGGAUCUGGGAUGAACGGCAAGGAGGUGCUGGUGCAUUUACAGCUACUGGACAGAAUCGGCCACUCUCAUCCUUUGCCGUCUCCCCUGAUGGAUGGACUAUAGCCGCGGGGGCCGAGCUCGGAGUGGACCCACAAGCGCCAGUCCCUAAGUUGGACGCCCCCAUCAUCUUCUGGGAUGUACGAAAUCCUACCACUCCAAAAUGGAUACACACUAGCACUCAUUCCGACGACAUAACACAACUCGAAUUCCAUCCGAUCCUCGGCAAUGGCAGUCCUGGGGGAUUGCUCUUAAGCUCCAGCGCCGAUGGUCUUCUUACAGUCACUUCAGCGGACGAGCCGAACGAGGAUGAGGCAGUGCUGUCAGUCGGUAACUGGAACACUAGCAUAGCACGUGUUGGAUGGACUGUUCGUCGCGAGGAAAUUCUUGCCAACGACCAGAUGAACUUCAAAAUAUGGGCGGCUAGUGACAUGCAAACUUUGAGUGUUUGGAGCGAGGAGCUCGGGAUUGAACAUGAUUAUGGUGACCUGAGAAGAACAAAGAUUCCUGGAACUUGGGAGUCGGAUUACCUGAUAAAUGCGCAGUGGUUUGGGUACACUCAUACUGUUCCGUGGAGCACUAAUGCGCUUGGGCUGUGGUGUGGGAAUAAUAAGGGCGAUAUUGGUCUCAUUUCUGUGCAGGAUACACUUUCCUGGAGGCUUGAUCGAGUCCUAGCAGGCGGACACACUGGCGUUGUGCGAACGUGUACUUGGGACCCGGAGUCUCAAAUGCUUAUCACCGGUGGUGAAGACGCACGGUUAAACGUUUGGCCCACAUCGACGGGGGAUAGCCCAGUAACACCUCAUCCGGUCGUAGCUUCCCCAGUUUAUAGCCAGCACUCCAACCAAGGAUACUACCCACCACCACCAAGUAGUGUUGAGCCACGUCCACCAAGCGUAGCACCUUCAAUGGCAACUGUACAGAGUCCACCAAUGAGUGCUAUGAGCAUGUCUCGGGGACCCGACAGCCCUGUUGCACCUGGACCGGGAGGACAAAAACGCGAGUCGAGGAAUUCUAUUUCAAGAUACCAGCCAUACGCGAGGAAAUAG